AUGACACGCAGCUCAGCUAGAAAGGCAGCUGCCACUUCUUCUUCCUCUUCCACAAACCAGACCCUUGAUCAAUAUCUCGCAUCUCAACCGUCCAUCUACAUUGUGGCAGAGAACCUCCAUCCUCGCGAUCUCUCACGGACCAAGGGCGAGGAAGGCUAUCGAGUGCUGAGCGUCUUCUCCACCCUCGACGUGGCCAACGAAUACGCGAAAAAGUACGCACAUGGACUCAAGAAAUGGGACUCGUCACCAAAGGGCGCCACCUGGGCUGAGCGCGACUUGGAUGUGACCCAGGACCAAGAGUCCAUCAAGCAAGCCGUUGACGACAGCGACGGCACUCACGAGUACGUCGUUACCUGGGCCCAUUUUACCACGGUCAAGGUGGCGCGGUGGCAAAUCAAGGACUCUGCGCCCGCGGUCAACAGCGACACUGACUUUUUUGAUCGUGUCGAUUUUGUCGUCGACGCUGGAGCGGCGGAUAGUGUCUAUGGAGAGAGCGACGGCGAUAAAGAAGAUGACUUGCCUAGCGACGAGGGCGAAGACGAUGAAGAGGAUGAGGAUAUCCAGGAGCUCAAGGAUGAGCUCAAGGGGCUUAAUGUGGACAGGCAGAAGGCAGUCGGUGAGCUAGUCGGCGCAGACUACCGUGGACGUUAG